UCACAUGAUCUUCACGCGAGCUGAACAUCACAUGACUCUUUGUUAUAAAUCCAAGAGACGGUGAUUUUCAUUUAGAAAGAGCCAGGGAAAUAGCAAAAUGAAGGGUUUAGCAGUCAUAUUUGUAGGAGUUCUUAUAUCCAUGUGCAAUGGACUUGAAAGAAUCAAAUUGCACCGAAUAAAUUCUGUGAGACGGACCUUCCAUGAAGCUGGAACUGCAAUAGAAUCUCUGAGACUCAAAUAUAACAGCUAUCCUAUAGAUGGACCAGUUCCAGAACCACUGUCAAAUUACCUUGAUGCGCAAUACUAUGGUGAUAUAACUAUUGGUACCCCUGGUCAAUCUUUCAAAGUUGUAUUUGAUACAGGAUCUUCUAACCUCUGGGUACCAUCCAAGAAGUGUAAACUCUCAGAUAUUGCAUGUUUACUCCACAACAAAUAUGACAGUACAAAGUCCUCAACAUACCAUGCCAAUGGAACAAAAUUUGAAAUCCGAUAUGGAUCAGGCUCUCUGUCUGGCUUCCUGAGCACAGAUACAGUCUCGAUUGGUUCUAUACAAAUCACAGAUCAGACAUUUGCUGAAGCCACCGCAGAACCUGGUAUUACAUUUGUUGCUGCCAAAUUUGACGGGAUCCUGGGUAUGGGAUACAGUACAAUCUCUGUUGAUGGUGUCACACCUGUGUUUGAUAAUGCUGUCGCAGAAGGCAAAGUUCCAAAACCAGUAUUCUCUUUCUGGCUCGACAGGAACCCAGACAACCCAAAAGGUGGUGAACUUAUUUUAGGAGGCAGUGACCCAUCACUUUACACUGGAAACUUCUCAUAUGUGCCUGUAACAAGAAAGGGAUACUGGCAGUUCAAAAUGGACGGUAUCACAGUUGGAUCAAGCACUUACUGUGACGGAGGUUGUCAAGCUAUCGCUGACACUGGUACCUCACUUCUUGCAGGACCCACUGAAGAAAUCGCUAAACUUAACAAACAGAUAGGCGCUACACCAAUUGUUGGUGGAGAGUAUAUGAUUGACUGCGACCAGGUUGCCAAGCUGCCAUCAGUUGUGUUCACCUUGAAUGGCAGAGGUUUCUCUCUAUCAGGAGCUGAUUAUGUCCUAAAGAUAAAGCAAAUGGGCCAAACAAUUUGCCUGAGUGGAUUCAUUGGCCUUGACGUCCCAAAACCACUAGGGCCGCUGUGGAUUCUUGGGGAUGUCUUCAUUGGAAAGUACUACACAGAAUUUGACCAGCAAAACAAUCGUGUUGGAUUUGCCACGUCAGUACAGAACGCUACAGAAUCUCUGCCAGAGGUGCCAUUGUAUAGGUUGCAGCCGGCUAAACUUGUCAGACAGGACAAGAAAAUAUCUGUGAUCAUGAAUUAAAAGGAUUUUGAGAUUCAAAAGUUGAUAUAUCAGUGUUUUAAUCCAGCAUUGGAAAUAAGUGCUACAGUUUUCAUUAUGACAAUUCAAAGUAACCAAAAAAAAAAAAAAGAAACAUCCAGUUUAUUGUAAAAGCCUGAAAAAGUAAUUUUUGUCACAUUUGUUAUCCAAGUAUAAGUUUAUUAAGAAUAUUAUUAUUGAUUUUGAAUUAUGACAGGCAUUAUAUUUAAAUAUGAAUUUUUUUAAGAAAUUGAAUAUGUUUUAACCCUGGAAAAUUCUCGUGAUUUCUUGAUACAUCAGCUAGUUCUUUUAGAUAUGAAUUCAUUGAUAUUAUCUUUUUGAAGAUUGGUUGAAUGAAUAGAAAUUAAAUUCAUUUGUUAGGGUUUAAGUGAGUUUAAUAAUGCAACCUUAAAAUCUAAAAAAAAAAGUAGUCCACAACUCCUAUUAGAACAUGGAGUGAAGAUGGAUUUUGUUCAUUUCAUACAUUAAAUAUAGUUUAGUAACUUUUUAUUAGUUUACAAGUUUUUCUGCUUGCUUAAAAAGUCAUUGCACUUCAGCAAAUAUCUAUUCUUUUUGCUCCAGUAAGUGCAUUUUGUUAGUUGGAGACCGUUGUAUUUCCCCGAUUUUUAAUUUAGUCCUUUGGUAGGUUGAUAGACAUUAGAAGCAAUUACCACAGACACCAAACAAUUGUUAUGUUAAAUUUUUCAUUGGUAAGUUAUUAUGUUUUCAAGUAUUUUCAACAGUUCUAAAUUGAUUAUUAUUGACCCAUUAGUAAUGAUAUUACUGUAAUAACUAAUAACAAUUAUAAAUUGCUCAAUCAAAAUGUGAUAUUUUUAGAUAUAAGCGAUUUACUGUAAAUCAGUGAAUUUCAUGGGUUAGAAAUUUUGUGGCUAGGGUCAAAAUGGCUAUUUAGUAGUAGAAUUUUGAAUAUAUAAUUUGGGAAUUUUACUGUUUUUGGGGGGGAUUUUUUAUUUUCACUCAACCAUGAAAAUUAUAUAGGUUAGUUUACUUGAUGCGGCUGGCACGUUAUGAUGUCAUCUUGUGACAUCAUUUCCUGAAAGUUUGACGUCUUAGGUUUUGUCAAACCCUGGUUUUUUAUUGUCAAGCUCGCUUGCGGAAGUGAAGACAUAGUCGUCCAAGGCUGUUCAGUGUAUGUGUGUACGUCUGUCUGAAUUUGUUUGUCUGAACCAUAACUUUGACAUGCAUGGAGCAGUGUUAACCUCAGUGAGACGGAGUGUCAUGCCCAAACCCCAGGUUCCUAUAUCAAAGGUCAAGGUCACAGUUGGAGGUCAAAGGUCAUGUCAGAUCUUGUCCAGCCCAUAACUUUGACAUGCAUAGAGUAAUCUUGUUUAUAUUUGGCAUAAAUGUUUAACUUAAUGAGACGGUGUGUCAUGUGCAAGCCCCAGGUCGCUAUCUCAAAGGUCAAGGUCAGAGUUAGGGGUCAGAUGGUCUCGACAUAUUGCAUGUGGGCAUCUAGUUUCUUAAAAAGAAUUUGUUCCUUUUUCUUAUUGCAAAAGGUACAAUAAUCUGAGGCCAGAAAUAAUUGUUUGCUUUAAUUUCUGCAAAACGAAAUGUGUUUAAUCAGGAAAAAGUAUAAAACAUGUGAAACAGGUACUUUCGAUCAUGGUUGUACUUGACUUGAUAACAUUUUUUCUCACCAUCAUUCCAUAUAUAACGUUCAUAUAAUUGUAGCUGUUGUUCAGAUAAAUGUUGUUGCUUAGCAAUAAAGGCUGUGUUUAUGUUAUUUAGCAGAUAAAUUUUGAUGUACAUUAUUUUUGUUUUAUACUGUCAGAGCGGGACAAUCUCCUAUGAAGUGGUCUCCCCUAUCUUGUGCAGUAAUCUCCCCUUACAAUAAAAGGUCUCUGUCAUCAAGUUUUUUGAUUGAUGUAUUGUUUAAUUUAAAGAGCUUAAAAUUGAAAUUGUUCCGAGUAUUUUUAGAAUACAUCAGACUAGUGUGAACUUAGUACCCAGUAAAUAAGAAAAACAUAUUUGAAUUUCUUUGCAGUGGUCAUGUGAUUACAGCAGUGAUUAAAAUGCACUAUUGUGGGAGAUGAUUGCACAGUGGGGAAAGUUUGUCAUUCAGACUGUAUUUCAUUUUGAUAGAGCCACUGUAUUAACUGAGUUAUCAUACUUGAAAAUAGUAACAGAAAGACUUAAAAUCGAAAUUAUUAUUUUUUGUGUCUCAAAAAGUUAUGACUGUUUUUCCUUUAUA